UCUUUGUCCCAAAACCUCCGAAAACGAAAACCCUAGCUUCUCUCAUCAUCCUUCAGACUGUGUUCUUCUAGAGAGAGAGAAUGAAGGUGCCGCGGGAGGAGAAAGAGAUGAAGCCCAAAAAGAAAGAAGAGAAUGUAACAAACAUAGAAAUAGAUGACAAAGAAGAUGAUGCUGAUGAUGCUCAGGAAAUUCAUUCUGGUUCCGAUUACGAUGAUGAUUAUAAUGAUGAGGAUUUGGAUGAGGAUGAGGGCACUUUGACAGAAUCAGGAUCGGAACAGAGUGAAUUCUCCGAAAAUGAGGAGAUAUGCAGGGAACAGUAUGUUUUUCUUUUAAACACUGGAUUCGGGAAUGAAGAAGAACAGAAAAGGAUUAAAGAACUUCUGCAUGUUGAGACACGCACAGGACCAGAUGACUCUGGUAAUGCCGCAUCUGUUGUCAGCUGGGCUCAAGAUGAUAUACACAAGGGAGUCAGGUUAAAGCAUUUUAAGACUGUAUCUUCUGUAGAAUGGCAUCGCAAAGGAGAUUACUUCUCCACAGUUAUGCCGGCUGGUGAAUCGAGAGCAAUAUUGAUACACCAACUUUCAAAGAGACUCACCCAAAGACUUCCGUUCAAAUUGCAUGGGCUUCCAGUGUCAUCAACCUUCCAUCCCACCCGUUCUAUCUUUUUCAUUUCCACAAAGAAGAAUAUCCGUGUAUAUGACUUGUUAAAGCAAAAGCUCAUCAAGAAGCUCGAAACCGGGCUCCGUGAAGUUUCCUCCAUUGCAAUUCAUCCUGGUGGUGAUAAUGUUAUUGUGGGGAGCAGAGAAGGAAAAUUGUGUUGGUUUGAUAUGGACCUCUCAUCUAAACCUUAUAGAGUUCUAAAAUGUCACCCAAAAGAUGUUACCAGUGUGGCCUUUCAUCGUUCCUACCCUCUGUUUGCGUCUUGCUCUGAUGAUUGCACAGCAUAUGUUUUUCACGGCAUGGUUUAUUCUGAUCUAAAUCAAAACCCUCUUAUUGUUCCACUGGAAAUUCUCCGAGGGCAUGCAAGUGCGAAUGGAAGAGGUUAGUGAAUGUCUAUACGUUGUUCUUCUUCU